CGUCGCACAGGACCGGCGCGCCCGUCCCAGCUUUUGCACCGCACUGCCGCUGCCUGCUCCGUUUCUGCGCUUUGGUUUCGUCCCAACUCCAUCGCCCAUCCACCGGCCAUCCUCCAACUCCUCAAUCCAUCCUCCAACUCCACGAUCCAUCCUCCAACUCCACGAUCCAUCCACAGCCAUGGUCUGCCCAAAGUCUCUCGUCCUCGCUGCUGCUGCCGCCGGCACCGUCACAGCACAGACCUUCAACCGUCGCCUCUAUUCCAACACCAACGACUGCACCGGCACCGUCACCAACAUCAUCUCGGUCUGGUCCAACACCCCGUGCCAGGCACCCGGCUUUGCUGCCUGCGAGAAGAAAUCCGCCGUCGCCGGCUAUCUCUCCUCCGAGGCCACCGGAUGCGAGAGCAGCCCCUUGGUCGAUACCCCGUACUUGCCUGUCAACCGCGUCGCUGGCCAGGCCUUCCUGACCAUCAACUCGUACUACACCGUCGGGUCCACCAGCUGCAGCCUCAGCUCCGGCACCCAGCUCACCCAGACCACCUACAUCGCCGAUGGCCAGUGCUACGUCAUGGAGCCGGGCUACUAUUUCAAGGUCUCCUGUAGCCAGUCCAGCGGCACUGUCGCAUUCUGCAACGAGGGCUGCACCAACUGCACUACCCAGACCUACAACACUCAGAGCUGCACCGCUGCACCCGAUGGCUCCUACACCUCCGUCGUCUGCGGAACCGGCGCCUCUGCCAACACCACCAGCACCAACAGCACCACCUCGUCCACCCCGAGCCCAGUCAAAGGAUCGGGCACCACCAUCUUCGACUCGGCCGCCACCUACACCCUCGGCGGCAUCCUCCUCAGUCUCUCGGCUCUGCUGUUCUGUUAAACUGCGACCACGACCACGACCACGGCCACGGCCACGACCAUGACCACGACCACCCUAUGUCUGCUGUCGGGCGACCGAUAGCUUAACCGCCUCUAUCCAC